AUGGGAGACCUCAGGCCUUGGUCGCAGCAGAGAGAUGGGAGACCUCAGACUUUGGUCGCAGCAGAGGGAUGGGACACCUCAGGCCUUGGUCGCAGCAGAGAGAUGGGAGACCUCAGACUUUGGUCGCAGCAGAGGGAUGGGAGACCUCAGGCCUUGGUCGCAGCAGGGGGAUGGGAGACCUUAGGCUUUGGUCGCAGCAGAGGGAUGGGAGACCUUAGGCUUUGGUCGCAGCAGAGGGAUGGGACACCUCAGGCCUUGGUCGCAGCAGAGGGAUGGGACACCUCAGGCUUUGGUCGCAGCAGAGGGAUGGGAGACCUUAGGCUUUGGUCGCAGCAGAGGGAUGGGAGACCUCAGGCUUUGGUCGCAGCAGAGAGAUGGGAGACCUUAGGCUUUGGUCGCAGCAGAGGGAUGGGACACCUCAGGCUUUGGUCGCAGCAGAGAGAUGGGAGACCUUAG